UGUGUGUGCUCAAAAACAUAUUUGAAGUUUCCUACUUCCUGCUUUCCCUUCCUUCCUCCACCUUAAACCUAUUUUAGGGUUUCUUACAAAGCUCUCUUCUUCCUGGAAGAAUUAACCGAUUUCUGAUUUCUUCCAAUCCAAUUCACCAAUGGGCAAGAAGAAACCUAAGGACCCGCAACAAACCCCUCAAACCGAUAACGUUUCUUCCCCUUCCAGCAUUUUCAACAAGCUCUUCGGCAACGCGCCAGAACAGGGCACCGCAACCGCUGCCUCUCUAUUUUCCGACGAAAACCCCUUUCGAAGAAAACCUGUUCCACUUUCCGACACAACCAACCAAGCUCACAUCCCUAACAACGGCAACGCCGAGAACCGCGAUGCCGGCGACGAGAAGAAGCGCAAGAAGAACAAAGAGAAAAGCUCAGCCCUUGAUUCAGUUUCUGUAACCGAAGUUUCGGAGAAAUCGGAGAAGAGGAAACGCGGUUCCGAUGAAGGAAGAGAAGGAGGCCUUGAUUUGGGUGCAGAAGCAGUUGGGAAAAGAAAGAGGAAAAGGGACGAAGUUGAAAGAGAGUGGGAGGAGAAGAGAUAUGGGCUUAUGGAGGAAGUUCAAAAGGAAGGGAUUGAGAAUAAAACUGUUGGGAACAAGAGGAAGUCGUUGGAUGAUCCAGCUGAUACGAUGGUUGCAAAGGAAGGUUUUGAUGACGAGAAUAAACUUUUGAGGACUGUCUUUGUGGGGAAUUUGCCUCUCAAGGUGAAAAAGAAGAUUCUGUUGAAGGAGUUUAAAAAGUUUGGUGAAGUCGAGUCUGUGAGGAUUCGUUCUGUUCCGAUACAAGAUACUAAGAAACCUAGAAAGGGAGCCAUCCUUGCGAAGAAAAUAAAUGAUGCCGCUGAUAGUGUACAUGCAUACAUUGUUUUCAAAACCGAGCAAUCGGCACAGGCUUCUUUGUCUCACAACAUGUCACUGGUUGAAGGAAAUCACAUUCGUGUUGAUAGGGCAUGCCCACCCCGCAAGAAACAUAAAGGAGAAAGUGUUCCUCUUUAUGACAACAAGAGAACUGUUUUUGUGGGCAACCUCCCAUUUGAUGUGAAGGAUGAAGAACUUUAUCAGUUAUUUUGUGGUAUAUCCAACCUGGAAUCAAGUGUGGAAGCUGUCAGAGUUGUUCGAGAUGCUCAUCUUAAUGUUGGAAAGGGUAUUGCUUAUGUGCUAUUUAAAACAAAGGAAGCUGCUAAAUUUGUUGUUAAGAAAAGGAACUUGAAGCUUCGAGACCGAGAGUUGAGACUCUCUCAUGCCAAAGCAGAUGCUACCCCAUCUAAAAGGUCAAACCCAUCCUCAACACAAGCUCCUACCCCUUCUAAAAGGCCAAACACAUCAUCAACACAAGCUCCUGGUACUCCUUCAAAGAAAUUUUCUGUGGCUUCACGGUCUCCUUCGAGCAGUGUUAACAGGUCAAACAGAAAAGCCAAUGCAUCUUAUCAGGGUCUACGUGCUACCAAAUCAGAUGUGCACAAGAAAACCCAAGGUGGAGAAAAGCCAAAACAACGCCUGACAAAGAGACCUUCAGUGGCUGCCAGAAAGGCUAAAGCAAAUUUGCACAAGGAGAAGAGUGGUGCACCAAAACAAGCAGGGAUAAAACGCAAGCUUGAUAGUCGUACUCCAGACAGCGCCAUGCGUAAUAAGAAAGUAAAAAAGAACAGGUAACUAUAGUUGUUGUGGAGAGGAAGUGCACACAUGGAGAAAUUUUUGUAGCAUGGAUUCAAGGCAAUGGAAGAUUUCUUACAGUUCUUAGUGGACGACUGAUAAAGAUGAAUCAAGAAAUCAAUUCAACGUUGUCUCAUCACUUAUUAUUUCAAAUUUGAUAUGUAAUUUUAGUUUAUAAUGUGCUUUUAUUGGUAGGUUGUAAUUUCCAACUUUAGGCCCGGUUAGUGGCUUUUUUGCAUCUCCUACCUAUGGAACGAGCAUUUUUCGAUUCUUUCA